GCUUGCAUUGGCACCGUCCCAAGAGUGGCACAGGAAAACCCAUCGAAAGCUUCUUUGAUCUCGAUCGCGCAAACCAUUCGCUCUCACGCACCACUCCACUAGUAAACAAAAGAUUCAUCAGCAGCUUCUCGACAGCCCGCCGACGAUGUCGCUGAUCCGCCGUGGCGACGUGUUCGACCCCUUCUCGCUCGACCUCUGGGACCCCUUCGGCUCCGGCAGCGGCAGCGUCUUCCCGCGCACCACAGACUCCGAGACCGCGGCGUUCGCCGGCGCGCGCAUCGACUGGAAGGAGACGCCCGACGCGCACGUGUUCAAGGCCGACGUGCCGGGGCUGAGGAAGGAGGAGGUGAAGGUGGAGGUGGACGACGGCAACGUGCUGCAGAUCAGCGGCGAGCGGAACAAGGAGCAGGAGGAGAAGACCGACACCUGGCACCACGUGGAGCGCAGCAGCGGCAGGUUCCUGCGCAGGUUCAGGCUCCCGGACAACGCCAGGGCGGAGGAGAUCAAGGCGGCCAUGGAGAACGGCGUGCUCACCGUCACCGUGCCCAAGGCGGAGGCCAAGAAGCCCGACGUCAAGCCCGUCCAGAUCACCGGAUAGAUGGAGAGAGAACCUUGGGAUUAGCUGCUUCUGCUCGGACGUGGAUGCAUGAUGCCGGAGUAGUGCUUCUGGUGUCCAGAGUCUCAAUAAAACAAGCUUGGGUGCUGUGGUUUGAGUGAGUCUCGUUCUAGUGUUGCGGGUCGAAAGUUGAGUUCAGUGGUGUACAGUAGUCAGUCUCUAAAGCGUCGCGUAUUUGCUGUUGUAUCCUUUAUGUAUGUGAGCAGAGCAGUAUUUGUCUAUUCGGCUACUACGAGUUCGCUACUUUUUUUUCAUCUGCGGUCUUCUGCAUUGCAUGAUUUCUACAAAUAUAAAUAAGACUGAAUGUGUCUUGCAUGUAA